AUGAGAGGAUCUACCACCCAAGGCCUCCAUCUGGACCUCUUGACCCCCGAGCUCCCUCCGAUCGCUGCCCUCUUCGUGAUCCAGUUCGACCUCAAAGCUGGGUACACAAUCACCUGGAAACGCACCACGCCCAACGUGAGCCUCGAUGGUGUCGAGUUCAAAUCCCUACCCUCGGGUCUCCACAACCUCGACAGCGACCUCGUCUACUUUGUGCACCCGCCGCACGCCGGCAUCAGCGCCUUCAUCCGCGUCCCCGCACCUUCGUCGGACCGCAACGCCCUCCAGCUAUCCAUUGGCGCGCUCGUCCCACUGACAUAUGGUCGCCUCGGCCGCUCAUGGCGGCAUGCCGCGAACCUCCAGGCCCUGGCAAAGAGCUUCGCAGCGGAUCCAAAGUCGCAUGGUGUGCUCGACGAGUACUUUAAUACACACAGCAUUCCCGCCGACAGCGGCGAGAACCUGCGGUAUCGGGGCGGCGACAGGCGCAAGGGGAGCGAGAGUGGCUUAGCGAAGGAGCUUGAGCCGUUUCAUCCGGCAAAGAGCUUACGGAGCUUCAUAGGCCUGCUUGGGCCGCUUGUGUGGCCGGUGUGGAGGGCGGCGCUAGAGGGGAAGCGGAUCCUUGUCGUUACGGGGGCGCCGGUGGAGAAGGCUUGUAAUUUCGUCUAUGACAUAUCAAUUCUGUCCACAGUUCCCCUCUCCGCGCAACCGUUACUUCCGUGCCCACCGUCGCGACUCCGACCUCUAUUCUCAGUGGGCGUCUCGGAUAUACCGUUGCUCGAGACUGAGGCGAAGACGCACGGGUCGUGGGUCGCAUGUACAACGGACGAGAUCCUGCACAUGAAGACGGGGCUGUAUGAUCUUGUCGUCACCCUACCACCAGUCUACAACGUCGAUGCGUGGCCGAAGCUCGAGACCUCUGCGGGGACACCGGUACUAGCCACCCAGCGGGACCUAGUACGGUAUCGUGGGCUAAAGAGGUGGAUCGGCGGUGGUGCCGGCAGCGGCGAGGAAGAAGAAAGUGGGCGACGGGAGGAAAGUGUGUGUGAGCCAAUGAGCUGGCGUGAGAUUGCAUACACGGGGUUCCUGUGGUGGGCGUCAGCGGGCGAGAAACGGAGUGAGGGGGAGGGGGAUGAGGGCCGGCCAUUACUGGAGGAGGAUGGGGAGGAAGAGGCGCCGCAGAAAGAUGGGUGCUUGGAGGCAGAGGUAGUGGCGUAUUUCCAGGGGAUGACGGAUGCGCUGCUGGCGGGGAUUGCAGAGGUGGUUGAGGACGCGGAGGAGGGCGAGGUGGUAGUGUUUGGGUGCGAGGAGGUGGAGAGAUUAGGGCUCGACAAGGGUGAGACGGAUGCUGCGUUUGUGAAGGCGGUUUGCGAGAGGUAUUUCAGCAGAGAGGCCCGAGUAGAGGUGGAGGGGUGGUCGUGCCUGGGUGGACUUUGCUAG